CGGCUCCGUCCUCCGCUCCAAAUCCGGCCGGGAAAGCCUUCGACAACACAUCGCUCCGCCUUUCUUUGCUUGAAUUUCGGCGCGGAGGAAGGAGCCGUCUCCUUACGGGGGCGGAGCGGUUGGUGGAAUAUUAGCCAUUAGAACACCGCUGCGAUCUCACUGUUGUUGAUGCUUGGCAGCACGCUUGGGGAGUUUAUUUGUUGAAAUUAUCUUCUGAAGCUAAGAGGAGGCCCCAAAUAUAAUUUUAUUUACUUGUUUAUUUACUUAUCUAUGUGUUCUGCCCCUUUUCCUAUGACAACAUGCCUGGAGGUUAAUAAAAAUCAAUUUAUUAUUUGGCAUAAAAGCUCUAUGGCAUUAUUUCAUAUAUCUGCUUCUUUCCACAUAACACUAUUGCCCACAUAAUCAGAGUAAAAUAAUUUUUCUUCAGGCAAGUUAUAUUAGGUCUCCAUUCUUCGUCAUGUUUAAACUAAGACGAGUUCGAACUAUGCUGCGCAUGACAAAACGCAGAUUGCAGAGGAGGCUUGGUGUUGAUGACAUCAGCACAGAUGUUUCUUUUUUAUAUCCCCCUCCAGACGGUGGCUGGGGCUGGGUUGUGGUGCUGGCAGCAUUUGUUCAUUCUAUGUUGAUCACUGGCUUCCACAAUGCUUUUGGUGUCUACAUGUUGACCCUUCUUGAGACUUUUCAGUCUAGCAACUCUCAUAUUGCUUGGAUUGGAUCUGUCAGCUAUGCUUUCAUUAUGAUUUUUGGUCCAGUUUCUGGAAUACUUCUGCAGAAAUACGGAGCCAUAAAAGUGGCAAUCAUUGGAGCUCUGGUUGUCAUGUUUGGCCUAAUUAGCUCCUCCUAUACCUAUGAUUUACGUGUACUGUUUUUAACUCAUGGGAUCCUUGUUGGUGUAGGAUCAAGCCUGGCUAGCACUCCAGCACUGAUAAUGGUAAGCCUUUACUUUACUACAAAGCGCUCAUUUGCAACUGGUAUAGUGAUGGCUGGAGGGGCAACUGGAACUCUUGUGCAGAAUAUAUUGCAUCAAUACUUAAUUCAGGCUCUUGGAUGGAGAGUUAGUCUACGUGUGUACAGUGGAAUUCUAAUAAUAUGUAUCCUUGCUGCAUUUUCAUACAAGCCUCUUCAAAAACGAGUUGUAUACUUUAUCAUUCCUUACUGCAAAACCUUUGCCUCUCUAGUUGCUAUUUGCUCUCUUUGGGGUUUUUUUGAUGCAGGAAACUAUGUUCUCUUACCUGUUCUUACUUUUGAUUUGAUGGGGCCGGAAAAAAUGACUAUUGCGUGGGGAUUUAUGAUGGCUGUCAAUGCAAUCAGUGCUUUUGGUCCACCCUUUGCAGGUGGAAUGUAUGACUUGUUUGGAAAUUACAACGUUGGCUUUAUAGUAACUGGAAUAUGCAAUAUUGCAGCUGCUAGUAUUCUUGCUUUUAUUCCUUGGCUGACAGAUAGAGCGAAACAAUCAAAGAAAAACUACCUUAAUGCUUCUGUGUGUGAAGUAACAAAGACCAUACUUCCUUGGCAAUCACCAAGUUCUUCAUUAGGGAGUAUAACUUCCUCAUUCAUGGAAUCACAACAUGUUUCUCUUGACGGUUCUAAACAUAGUUUAUCAGAAUAUUCAAAAAAACUGAGUGUAAAGUCAUUGAAAAGUAUACUCAAGUCAGAGGUAACAUCUUCUAAAAGUACACCUUUUCCAGAGAAUGGAACUUCUACACCCCACAGAAAAGAGGAUGGCGUCAUUUUUGCAAAUGUUGAAAAAUAUGACAGUAAUCUGUUUCAGACAAUUGAGAGUACAGCUGAUUUGACACCAAUGAAUGAUGAGCCCCAAUCAGAAACAGCAUCUUUCAAAGCUGUGAUUUCAGCAUCUUUAAAAGAAACAGAGCCUGAUGCUUCUUCGCCUGGCAGAAAAGAUGGUGUCAUUUUUGUAGAUGGUGAAAAAUAUGAUAGUGAUCUAUUUGAGCAAGCUGAGAGUACAGAUGACUUGAGACCAAUAGAAGGUGAGUCCAGAUCAGAAACAGCAUUUUUUAAAGGUGCGACUUCAGCAUCUAUAAAACAGACAGAACUGAUUCCUCACAGAAAAGAAGAUGGUGUAGCUUUUUUAGGAGUUGAAGACUAUGACAAGGAUCAAGAAGAGCAGUUUGAGAGAGCAACUGGUUUGUCACUAUCGGAAGAUUUCGAUCUAGCCACAUCAGAAGCUUUAUCUUUUAAAAGAGAAACACCAGCAUCUAUAAAACAGGCAAAGGGCAUUCCCCAUAGAAAAGAAGAUGGCGUAGCUUUCUUAGGUGUUGAAGACUCUGAUAGUGAUCCCAAAGAUCACUUUGAAGAUACAACUGAUUUGCAGCUAUUGGCAGACCUAACCAAACCAGAAACAUCAUUCUUUAAAAGAGGGACCACACGAUCGGUGAAACAGGAAAAAGGCUUGCCCCAUAGGAAAGAAGAUGGUGUAGCUUUCUUCGACAUUGAAGACUCUGAUAGUGAUCUCCAAGAGCACUUAGAAAGUAUGAGUGAUUUGCAGCAGUUGGCAGAUCUAACCAUUCCAGAAACAUCAUCCUUUAAAAGAGAAACUGUGCCAUCUGUGAAAGAGGAAAAAGGCAUGCCUCAUAGAAAAGAAGAUGGUGUAGCUUUCUUAGAAGACUGUGAUGGGGAUCUACAAGAGUUCCUUGAAAGUGCAACUGAUUUGCAGCCAGAACAUCUGACCACACCAGAGACAGAAUCUUCAGGAAGUGAGACAUCUGCAUCUGUAAAACAUACAGAACACACACAUUCUACUCUACACAGAAAAGGGGAUGUCAUGUGACAUUCCUUACCAAUGAAGUCUAUGAUCCUGAUCAGCAAUAGUGAGUAUACGUGCACUGAACUCAGUGGAAGAUCUAGCCAAAAGAAUCAACUUCCAUAAAAAGUGAAACCCCGACAUCUGUAAAAAAGGCAAGGCACAUUCCCCACUGAACAAAAGAUGGCAUUUCCAUUGCUUGUAAUGAAGAUGAAAAAUGAUCAGAACGAAUCAGCAGUACUAAUAAAAGUUGAUUAAGUUAUAAA